ACUUUUUUCUCCCCUUUUUAGCACAUACUCUCUCACUAUUAAGAAGAAGACAAAGCAACCCUUCUUCUCUCAAUUCAGUUCAGUUCUCUACCAGAUCUCUUUCUCUCAGCUCACAGUGAGUGGGUGUCAGGGUGGACACAACACACACACCCCUCCCUCAAAUGCUACUGCCACCACCACCAACAACACACAAAACGGCGUCGUAUGUAACCACCAAAUGAGGUGCAAGAAACACAUAUCAGACUCCAGCAGCACCGUCGGCGUCUGCGCCACCUGUCUCCGGGAACGCCUCACAUUCCUCAUCGCGGCCCAGGCCCAAGCCCAAGCCCAAUUAUCUCGCGACUGUUCACGAAACUCCGACGUAAACCCUCCGCCGCCGCUGAUCUUCCCUCGCUCCGUCUCGCCUUACGUCUCUCGCCGGAAAUCCGACUACUCUGCCCCCGGCGCAUGCCACCACGGUGGCGACCGCCGUGAAAAUCGUGAGAAUCUCUUCUACAGUACUCCCCAGGUCGGCCCAAGCUUCUACACCGGCGCGAACGCCGGAGAAGAAGCGAGGUCGAUCAAGAAGCGUUUGAGCAAGUUCUGGAGUUUCUCGAACUUCUUCAAGCACAGAUCGGAGAAAUUUCGCCCCGAUCCGUCGUUGGAGCAACCGUCGACGGCGACGGCUUCGCCGUCGUGGUUCUCAAACUUUUUCCCCGCUCGCCGGAGGAAUCGGGAUCGCGCUGGGAGGGCUGAGGAUUUCGCGGUUGGAGCGCGGCGGCGGUACCGGCCGACGGAUCGCGGAAUGUCGCCGGUGAGAAUAGAGGAUUCUCCCGAUGAAUGCGAUCAGUGUGACUCGUCGGAGACUUCGCCGUGGUGGCGGAGGACGCCGUCGAGAUUGGUGGUGGCGCCUUCGGCGCGGCGCUCCCGGGUAGGGCGGGGGAUGAACGUGACGGGUUUGGAUAUUGCUUUUUGUCUGAGUCCUCUGGUUCGGGCUAGCCCGAACCGGAGAUGGAACAAUAAGGGAAUGCCACCGGAGAUUGCGGCGGCGGCGGAUGUUAGGGCCACCGCGACGCCGAAGCCUCACCUCUCGGCAGCGGCGUCGUUUUGCGCGAACCGUUCCCGGAAGCUUGUAGAUUUUGGACGAGUCAAUCAGAACCGUUGAUUUGGUUGACCGUUUCACAUGAAGGGUGAUUUUUCUUUUUUCUAAUUGCUUGCUGCUUUUGUAGACAUUUUCAAUUUCUUUCAAGCAAAGCAAAAAAAAGGGUGAAGUAGAGAACAAUAAAGAAAAAUAGAUUUUUUUUUUGUUAUUUUGAAUUUUAUUUGUACACAAAUGUUCACUACAUAGAACAUGGAAUACAAAGUUUAGGUUAAUUUUUAUUUUUA